AUGCAUGCUGGUCGGUGUUGUCAGUUGUACACGGGGGAGGUGAGGACCAAACGCACCGUGUACGAGCACGACGACUCCUCUCAGAGGCUGAUCGUCGAAGUCAAGGACGACGGGGAGCCGGUCCAGUCGGCCACCGUCACGCUGUCCAUCCUGCUGGAGGACGGCGUGAGCGAGCCCGUGUUGGAGCUGAGACACAAGGCGUCCGAGCCCGGCAAGAAAGGCGGCAGGAUCACGCUUUAUUUGAUCGUGGCUCUGGCCUCGGUGUCCGUGCUCUCUCUGCUCACUUUGCUCGUCUUGGGCGUCAAAUGCGUGAAGAGCAGCACGAGCGGCGCCACUUGCUGCGUGCGGCGGACACUCUCCGAUGAGGACAAGAAGCCCAACAGAAAUCUGCACAUUCAGCUCAACACCGAUGGACCCAUCAAGUACGUGGAGGUUCUGGGAGGAGACGUCAUGUCUCAGAGUCACUCCUUCCGGUCGUGCAUGUCUCCCAUGUCGGAGUACAGUGAUUUCACGUUGGUCAAGCCCAGUAGCACCACUGACUUUAAGGAGGUCAUCAGCGUCCUGGAUGCUUCUUUGCCUGACAGCACCUGGACCUUUGAGAGCCAGCAGACUCGUUACAGCAUCCCAGAGGAGCUCAAGCAAGGUUCCGUGGUGGGGAAUCUGGCCAAAGAUCUGUCUUUGGGGCUGUCUGAGAUAUUUGAGCGCAAGCUGCGUGUCGCCUCCGAGGCUGGUAAGCAGUAUUUCAGCGUGGAUGCGGGGAAGGGCGAGCUGCUGGUUGUGGUGGAAAAUCCCCUGCAAUUGCAUCGAAUUGAAGUAGAAAUCAGAGACAUUAACGACAAUGUUCCUCGUUUCCAAACGCAGGAAAUUAACCUUAAAAUACCAGAAUCCGUUGCAGUGGGAGACGUCAUGUCUCAGAGUCACUCCUUCCGGUCGUGCAUGUCUCCCAUGUCGGAGUACAGUGAUUUCACGUUGGUCAAGCCCAGUAGCACCACUGACUUUAAGGAGGUCAUCAGCGUCCUGGAUGCUUCUUUGCCUGACAGCACCUGGACCUUUGAGAGCCAGCAGAUCCCCCCAGCAAUAGUCGGCUACAUUCUUAACAUGAAAAUCUCUUCUACAUUCAGUAACGCUCAGUGUACUUACUUAGUGGAUGCGCAGACUCGUUACAGCAUCCCCGAGGAGCUCGAGCAAGGUUCCGUGGUGGGGAAUCUGGCCAAAGAUCUGUCUUUGGGGCUGUCUGAGAUAUUUGAGCGCAAGCUGCGUGUCGCCUCCGAGGCUGCGCCAACUGUGUGCUCCCUCACCGUUGUAGGUGUCAAUUUUCCCCUGCAGAGUGCAGAGGAUCCGGAUGUUGGAAGUAACACAGUCAAGACAUACACGCUCAGCAAAGACGAAUGUUUCACAUUAAAAGUUAGAGAGAUUGACAAUGGAAUAAAAACGCCCGAGUUAGUGUUAAAUAAAUCAUUAGAUCGUGAGAAAAAAGCUGUUCAUAAUUUAAUUCUGACAGCUUUGGAUGGUGGCAAUCCUGUUAAAUCAGGAACUUCAAAAAUUAGAAUAAAAGUUCUUGACGUUAAUGACAAUGUACCUUCUUUCGAAAAGAAAUUAUAUAAAAUAUCUGUUGAAGAGAACAGCCCAAAUCGCUCUUUUGUCAUUACAACAAAGGCGACAGACAUAGACGAUGGUCCAAACAGUGAAAUAGAGUACUCUCUCGGCAUACACACGCCACCAUCAGUGCUGGCAUUAUUUCAUAUUGACCCUGUUAGUGGAGAUAUAUUAUUAAAAAAUAAUUUGGACCGUGAAAAACAGGCCUCUUAUCGAAUUGACAUUAGUGCAAAAGAUAAAGGUUUUCCAAAAAUGGAAGGUCAUUGCAGCGUGCAGGUUGAUGUAACAGAUGUAAACGAUAAUGCACCUGAAAUUCUGUUAACUUCUAAGCCUAGUUCCAUUCCAGAGGACUCUUCUAUUGGGACUGUUGUAGCUUUGCUGAGUGUACGUGACCCUGACGCUGGUAAAAAUAGUGACGUGAAAUUAAAUCUUCCCACAGAUUCCCCUUUUACUCUGAAACCAUCCUUUUCUAAUAAUUACGCGCUGGUCACCAGUGGUGUUUUAGACCGAGAGAGUACGUCUGAAUACAACAUUGAGAUUACAGCCAGUGAUGCAGGCUCUCCUCCUCUCUCGAGUAAGAAAAUGAUCUCUGUCAGCAUCACUGACGUUAAUGAC